AUGGGAUGUAAUAGUCAAAGCUUAGGCAUUGCCACGAUUGAAGUCUCCUCUAUUGUGGCUAUUUCGCUGGCUUCCAAAAUCGGAUAUGUGGAGCCUACGACUCCGGCACCAACAACAACGCCACCACCAACGCCUGCUCGUUAUAAGAAGACUGUGAUUUUGCUCAGACACUACAUGGAUAUGACAAGAUACCCAUUCAUUCGUGGCGGAACUAGCCAUAAACAUGGUAAUGAUUGUACGCCUGGACCAAAUCAACUAUCCCAAUGUGCGAUUACCAUCAUACACAACACAUUGGUUAAAGGCGAAUACAACAUUAGUUGGUAUCGUGCUUGGAGUGAAGGCGAUGAAUACCUUGAUUUCGGAGAGGAUGAGCCGGGUCAAGGUUCGAAAUUUGCUACAUAUCAUCUAGUCCAAAACUGUUUAAAUCCAAGCUUUCUAGGAAAAUUCAAUGGAACAAAAGCGUACGGAACGCCGCUUAUAUAUUCAAGCAACAACCCAAAAGAUGAAUACUAUCAUCCCUAUAAUAGGUAUGGAGAUGGAUACUUUAUGGUGGGCUUUACAACCAAAAAGGAAUGGGAGGAUGAUAUUCAUCAGAAAACUUGUCGUGGGUCUAUUGGCGGCUCAGCUCCUUUCACCAGCGUCUAUCACAUAGCUAAAUGCGGAGCUAUCAACGCUUUCAUUUGGGGACGUAGCGGUUGCGUCAUUGAUAAUUUCUAA